AUGGGUGACCCACAAACGUACUUUGAAGAACAUGCAACUUGGUCAUUGAUUUCUUUCUUGCAAUACAGACGACAGUAUGCAAAAGAUUUCACAAGAGAUAAACUUAACGAACAUAGGACAUAUACGAAAGGACUUGAAAGAAUUAUUUCAAAUAAUGAAUCAAAAGAAAAAUGUGCUCAAGCUCAAAAAUGUCUUAACGAAUUUAAUGACGAGAAAUCAUCCCAUGAAGUAGACGCUUUUUGGAUGUCGGACUCGAUAAAACUUACCAAGUUAAGCUAUGCAAAAUCUGCGUUGGAUAAAACCAUUGAAGAAACAAAGGAAAUACGUUCGAUUGUGUCUGAUGAAACGAUAUUCACAUUGAGAGACGAUAAUGCUUUUCUAUAUGUUAAUACUCCUGAAUCGAAACGAGUACUAGAUCGAGAUUGUGAAAGCGACGAAAAGCCAAGAAAGCGCACAAAGACCGAAGAUGAUGACUAUUAUGAUGACGAAUCAGAAAGUGAUGAAAGUGACGAUGAAUGUGGCUUAAGGCUAAAUGUGGAAGAAAUGGGAUUUGACGAGUACGUUGAUCGAAAUGAUAUACCUUUCAUUUUCAAAACAAAAAACAUAUCGGCACUGUUUGAGUCAUAUCGAUCCAAAGUGUUAGCUCAUGCGCAAAAUUCUGAUCUGAUAAUGACGAAAAAUUAUCACGAAAUAUUGAGUCUAUCCCAUAUUCUUUUAUUACAAAUGGAUAAUUAUUCGGAAAUGCAAGUAAAAACGUUCUCUAGGGAAACACUCGAAGAUCUCAGAAAGGAUAUUAAAUCAAAGUUAAUCGGAAAAGAAAAAGUUGCUCUUGAUGAUAAUGAUGGUGGAUUACACGAACUUCGCGAAACCAUCACCGAAUCUUUUUCGAAGGAAUUUAAUUCAACAGCAGAGAAAGAAUUUCUUCGACGAAUGAAGUUUCUCUUUGAACGUCUGUCUUAUACUAUCCCAUUACAUCCAUUGAAAGAAAUUAUAAGCGAAGGGACACUUGUGGCGAAUAUAAUAAGUCCGAUUUUACGAAUUUUUUUUCAUGACUCAUACAUACAUCCUACGAUAUGGCCGAACACAUCCAGCACCAGCGCAAAAAUCCGAAAACUUGCCAUCGGUGAUCCUUCCCGGGCUAAACAACCCGAUAUGAUUGGGAAAACUGUCAAUAAUGGAAAAUUUGUUUAUGAAACGAUGUUCGGUGAGGUGACGGGAGAAGGCAAAAACAACACGGAAAAAAAGAAUCUAAUUGACCUGGUUAGAUUGGGGAUAUUUAUGAAAGAUUCCCUCGAUAAUAUUUCGCGUAAGACCGGUGUCAAUCGGAUUUUCAGUUGGCAAGUUAUUGUGACAAAGUGGACUGGUUAUAUGAUGACAUUAAUUAGCCCAGGGAUUUACGUUAUGAUUGAUACUGGUAGUGUAGAUCUUCCAAGAUCUUUCGAAGUAUGCAAUACGUUUCUAACUGGUCUGGACACGAUGUUUGCAUUUCAGAUAGCGUAUGAAAAAACAAUAAAGGAUAUUCUCUCGAUUAUGAAUAAAAGUGAAGAAUUCGAGAGUGAUGAUAAUUUUAAAGGAUGGCAUCGAUCAACACUUGGAACACCAUUGUUCAAAAGAAUU